AUGGUCCAUAUCACCCUCACCGGGGCCGGCGGCAACGGUGCCCGCUUCGGCUACGACGGCUUCCUGGGCCUCACGCCCGUCGUCGUCCGGGGUACUGUCGCCACUCACAUAGACAGUGACGGCAAGCCGCUGCCUGCCCGAGCCCUGACCGCGCAUGUGCGCUGCUACGAAGUCCGCCACUCGCGCUUCGGGCAGUCCUACACGCACAUCAUGGCCGACCACGUCCAGACGCUCUGGUCGUCGCCCCACGAGGGCGCCACGCCACUGGGCGAAUUCGAGGCGCCCUUUCGGAUCGUCGUCCCGGUCGACAGCGCCGGCGCGAGCACGGCCGCGUUUCCGGACUACCGCGUCUUCUGGCGCGUCGAAGCCGCGAUCUCGCACCCGUCCAUCGCCGGCGUUGGCAAUCGUACUUCCAAACAGGUCGACAUCCCCAUCACCCGAUAUGCAGCACCGACGCCGCCGCCAUUCGCCCCGGGCCCGUCCCAUCAUUUCCUGUCAUCGAAUAAACCCCGCGCGCCAUUACUCCACUACCGCGUUCGCGUGCCGCCAGAGGCUGUGGGCCCUCAGGAUAUUCUCUCCGUCACACUUGACGUACGGCCCGCCGACCCGGCCGUCAUCGUCCGUUCCGCCAGUCUCACCGUCGAACGCCGCAUUGAGCUGCGUGACCCGCCAUCAACGUCUAGCAAUGCAUCAAUCGACAGCUUUGCCUCUUCGUCUACUGGUUCUACAUCUGCGCGACCUUUGCUCCCACCCACUCCCGCGUCCCCUGCUCUCUUCAGUUCUGGUUCCACUCCACCCUCGGCAUACGCUGAUGCCAUCAAAACUUCCACUACCAUCGUCGCCGGCGCAGAGUCCGGCGCAGGCCGUUUCGCUCGCGACGAGAACGGGUUAUAUACUCGGACGCUAGCAUUACAAUGGCCGGCUUCACGAAGUACUGCGCGCUGGGCACUGGGCGAAAGCCUUGACACAACACUCGCUCGCAUAACUUUCUCAGUGAAAGCUCGCGUGGUCGUUUCGGGACCUAAUGGGACGGACAGUGUGGAGCUACGGGAGGAGCCAUUGACCGUCGUCGCGACGAAUGCGGCUCAAAGACGACUUGCUUUGGCCAGGUGGCAAGAAGUGCAGGCGCGGGAUGAGGCUCUGGGAAUCAGCACACCCGCUCCACCGUAUGCGAAGAGGGAAGCGGAGAGAGUGAGUGUGAGGGAUCCGCCUGGGCUGGAACGGCCUAGUACCGGCGCACGGAGAAAAGACAGGGAUGAACGGCCGAGCAGACGCGCGUCCGCAAGACCGCAUACAUCGUCUGGCGCGGCAGGGGGAGGAGGGGGGCGCCCGAAAACACGCGACGGACGUGCCCAAACAUUCGGCGAGGGCGCAUUGCGGCCCUUGACAGCUCGCCCAGCCGUAUCUGCGCCGAUACCGACACCUGCAACAGCCACUGGCAGUGUCAUCACGCCGCCCAGCAGCGCACCACCGCAGAUACAGGGCAUUCCAACACCGACGGCCGUAGUGAGGUUAAACACCAUCACCGGCGAAACGACUGUUGGCGCCGUACUUCCUCCCCAGAUGGAGCUCGUCAGAGCCUGGGAAGAGGAACUUGCUCGCAUCGAACGCCGUGCGAGGCGACGAAGCGAUGCCCAAAACACACGGCGAGGUAGCGAUGCCCAGCGGCGCGUCGUGCGCGUUGGAUAG